CUAUGGUAACCCUGAGCAGGUUGCCUGGGAGAUGACCUCUUUCGGGUCUCUUUGAAUAUCUGCUGUAGCGUCACCUCGAAGGCAGAUCUAUCAGAGAUCCUGGACUGUCUCCUAUCAUGAUUCCCGGGAAAUACCGCUCUGUUUCUGGCCGGGCUGCGAACAACGUGAACUGCGGGCUUCAUCUGGUUAUUCAAACAUCAUCGCUUCCUGAAAAAAACAAAGUAAGAUUUAAGCAGGUUGAAUUCAAGCUAAAUAAAGACACGUCGUCAUUCCCCGGGAGACUUUUACAACAUGAACUUGAAAGAAAUUGCUCAAGUAGGCAAGGUAUUGUCAGAGAUGGAAGAGUAAUAAGUCCUUCGCCUUGUAAUAAAUCAUCAUGCAUCUCAUCCACAACAAAUGUGACAGAACUAUAUGGGCUGGAAAUGAAAACUGCCACGAGCUCCUUAUCAGCAUUUGGAGAUUCUUCCAUUAAGACACCUUCAAAAUCCAGAAUCCGGCAGGGCUGUCAUAGUGCUGGCCCCAAUGUAUCUGGUGAUCAUAUUAAUUUGGUGAGCUCAUCAUUGUCAUCAUUUCCUAUUCUUCAACGUUCUUCUGAAGAGAAAAUUCUUUACUCAGACAGGUUGAGCCUAGAAAGGCAAAAGCUGACUGUAUGUCCUGUCAUCAAAGGGGAAGAACACCUUCGUUUGUUGAACUUCCAACAUAAUUUUAUAACUCGGAUACAAAAUCUUUCUAAUUUACAGAAGUUGAUAUCCCUGGAUUUGUGCGAUAACCAGAUUGAAGAAAUUAGUGGGCUUUCUACUCUGCGAUGCCUUCGUGUCCUUCUGUUGGGGAAAAACAGAAUCAAGAAAAUAUCAAAUCUGGAGAAUCUAAAAAGCUUAGAUGUCUUGGAUCUUCAUGGCAAUCAGAUUACCAAAAUUGAAAAUAUUAAUCACUUGUGUGAGUUGAGAGUUUUAAAUCUCGCCAAAAACUUUUUAAGCCAUGUUGAUAAUCUUAAUGGGCUGGAUUCACUAACUGAGCUUAACCUGCGACACAAUCAAAUCACUUUCGUGAGAGAUGUGGAUAAUUUGCCCUGCCUCCAACAUUUGUUUCUCAGCUUCAACAAUAUAUCUAGUUUUGACAGUAUUUCCUGCCUUGCUGACUCUUCUUCCCUCUCGGACAUCACUUUUGAUGGCAAUCCCAUAGCUCAAGAGUCAUGGUACAAACACACUGUCCUUCAGAAUAUGAUGCAGCUGCGCCAGCUAGAUAUGAAGAGAAUCACGGAAGAAGAAAGGCGUAUGGCAUCUGUUUUAGCCAAAAAAGAGGAAGAGAAGAAACGGGAAAGUCAUAAACAAUCUUUGCUUAAGGAGAAGAAAAGGUUAACAAUUAACAAUGUCGCUCGACAGUGGGACUUGCAACAACAACGUGUAGCCAGUAUUGCUACGAAUGAAGAUAGAAAAGAUUCUGACUCUCCUCAUGACCCCUGUCCGCUUGAUGGAAGCACCCUCCCUGCAUUCCCAGAGGAAACAGGGCCUCUAGACUCAGGACUCAACAAUGCUUUACAAGGUUUAUCUGUCAUAGACACAUACCUUGUUGAAGUAGACGGGGAUACACUUUCCCUGUAUGGCUCAGGAGCGCUGGAAUCUCUGGAUAGGAAUUGGAGUGUUCAAACGGCAGGAAUGAUCACAACAGUCUCCUUCACUUUCAUAGAAUUUGAUGAAAUCGUCCAAGUGCUUCCCAAACUGAAGAUUAAGUUUCCUAAUUCUCUGCACCUUAAAUUCAAGGAAACAAAUCUUGGAAUGCUGCAGCAAUUUAAUGCACUAGCGCAACUCCGGCGUGUUGACCAGUUGACAGUUGACCCUCAAGGAAAUCCAGUUGUCAGUUUUACCCUCUGGAAAUACUACGUACUGUUUAGGCUAAGCCAUUUUAGCAUGCAGAAAAUAAAUGGAACAGAGGUGACACAGAAUGAUAUGAUAAUGGCUGAAAGGCUCUUUGGAAUCCUAGCACAUGUAGCAUCUUCUGAGUUACCCCAGUAUCGUCUGAUUUCCAUUCUGAGUGAUGCCAGGAAAAAGCAAUUUCGGUAUCUGCUAGAAUCCAAAGGAAAAAAACCUGGUAUUAGCAAUGAAGAAAAUAAUGACAGCAAAAGACUUGUAGGAGAAAAUACAAAUCGUGCUACAUUAAAUUAUACUACAAGAGACUUCUAUAAUGAAAAGCUAGAGGAAAUAAAAGAAAAGAAGAAAUUCUGCAAAAUGUAUAUAGAAGACCUUGUGAAGGAAGCCACAGAAAUCAACAUGAAAAAUGAGGCUUUGCAGAAGCUUUGGCCACAGAUGUUCAUUGAGCUUGUUAGGGAUGCCGUCAUAGAAAUUCGCAAUAAAAAUUCCUACAUGAAGCUCUGCCUACAGCAGAUAACAGACCAAAAAUAAAAAUGGCCUUUAGUUACCGUUGA